UAUAAAAUUACGAGUAGGGCACUGGUAACAAGUAGAAAACGUUUUGGGUUCAAUUCACCUUGUUAUCUUAACGUUCUGCGUUCGAUACGUUUUGGUUAGCUAAGGAUAACAUGGACUUCAGAAAGUUGGAAAGGUUCUGCCGAACAGGCCCAGACUACCGUUUGGCAACUGUGAAAGAAGCGAAGGCUAAUCUGGAAUGGAUAAAGCGUAAUAAUCUGUUAGAGAAAUGGGACAGAGCCCGUCUUCUAGAUGGCUGGAUCGGAGGUGCUGGUUAUGACUUCAAUGUCCAAGUGGGUUUCAGAAGCUGUCUUGGAUACAUGCUAGUCGUCGAGACACCAACUCCAGAAAUAUCCAACACAGGUAACAGCGAUCCGGCCUUAUAUUCCAACGUUCCCUUGAGUAACGAGGGCAGGAGUGCUGCUUUGUUCUUGUGCUGUGAAGACUGGAACUACGAGGUCCUUCAUUGGUUGAUUGAGGGCCAUAAAGACCAGGAUCGCAGUUGGAGUUGGGGGAUCGCAGACGAAACAGAAGCGGCAAGCAAACUAGUAAGCGCAGUGGCGAGGGAGUUGCACGGUGUGUGCGAAAAGAGCAGAGUGCCGGAAUCGGAAUUUUCGUGCGCUUCUAUGAGAGCCUUGACGAUCACCAUUCAAGAUUCCGUGCGGGAUAAAAUUGGAAACGAUAUUUUAUCAAAGGCGUUAUUGUCGACAGAGCUCUUGGACAUUGGCGAUCGAUGUUGGGAGGAUAUGGGGUUGACGGAGGAUUUGAAGAGGUUUCGGGAGCUUGCAUUCAACAGAGGCGAGGAGUUGUCUUGGGAAGACGUGGGUGAUAGUGUCUGCUGUUUUGCGGCAGACGUCAUGGCUGUGGUGAUUGUAAGGGAGUGCUGCAAGCUCCUGAUGCGUCCACUAGCAGAGAGAAAGAGGAUGGACGAUCACGCAUUUGUCGCAUCAGUAAUUGCCUAUGGCCACGAGCACUUAAGCAGAAAAUUCUCUGGCACUGAUAAUUUAGGGAAGCUUGUAGAAGCAGCAGCAAAAGAGGCGGCGGGCAGUUGCAAGCGGUUUAUUGAGAUUUUCCGUGACCAAGGGUACGGAACAUUCAGCUAUAAUGGCAAGUCUGUUGUUGUAAACACCUUUCUUGUUCAGGCAGCAAAGAAAGGCGAUGUAAAUCUGGUAAAAAGAUUCAUUGAGAGUGGAGUAAAGCCCUCUGAAACAGAUGAUAAAAGAGGAGAAACGGCAUUGCACCAUGCAGCAAAACUGGACGAUGAAUCCAAGGGACUUGAAAUUGCGGAAAUGCUACUUAAAAAAGAAAGACUUGCAAACGCAUUUGACAGUAAAAUGAGGACUCCUCUACACAGAGCUGCUUUCUGUGGUCACGCCAGAAUGUGCAGUCUCCUCCUCCUCAACAACGCAAACAUGAGUUCUAGAGAUAAGAAUGGUCAGACUCCACUACACCAUGCACUUGGGCGUGAGCAGCAAAAUGAAGAGGUGGUUCGUGUUCUGAUUGAUGCAAAAACAGACGACGGUGUUGAAGAGGAUGCUCGCCUGGUCGAUAGCAAAGACAAGAAUGGGAAGACGCCUUUGGAUUUUGCUGUUGAGUGUCAAGACACCAAUGUGAGAAUGGUGGCAUGGCUGCUGUCACAGUCCAGAGAACCACAGUCUUAUUUUAAGAAUCUGAAUCUCUCAUUGUAUCUGCGCGAGUCUUCGCGAAAAGGCUAUCAGCCUCUCGUUGAAGAGCUGCUGAAGGAAGGCGCCAAUCCUCUUGACCCAGACAAUGAAGGAAAGACAUCAUUUCAUUACGCUGCCGAGGGUGCAGACGACUCGGUGGCAUGGAAUAUUAUUUCAGUGUGUGGCGUAAAUGAGGAGCUCGUAAAAGCACGAGAUAAAUACGGAAGAAAUGUGCUCCAUGUCGCAGCUUUCCUUGGACACAAAUACCUUUGUUCUAAACUUUUAGAGCAAAUCCCAAACAUAGAUACCAAGGACCGUGAUGGACAGAGUGCUAUAUACUAUGCAGUCGCUGGAUCUCAUGACAAUAACGAGGUUUUAGACAUAUUUAUUUUCGGAGCACAAGGCACAAGUCAAGUUUUUCUCAAAGAUGAUAGAGAAACAACGCCCUUGCAUUUGGCUGCUGAGAGAGGCAAUCUAAAAAUGGUAGAAAAGCUGCUCUCGGAUAGGGCAAUUUCAAGAAAAAAGCGCAUUAACUAUGUUGGGGCACCAGACGUACUGGGUCAGACGGCACUACAUAAAGCAGCAGGUGGAGGCCACAAGAAAAUUGUGAAAAAACUUCUCGACGAGGGAGCCCAGCCAUUAAGAGAACGCGACUGUGACGGCAAAACAGUUCUGCAUUUUGCCAGUCAAGCAAAAAAUGGUAAAAAUGCCGAGGCAAUAGCUAAAUUGCUUCUGGAGAGUUUUGAAUCUGAUAAACAGAAAGGCGACGGAUGUAAAUCCGAUAAAGAGAAAAUUCUGCUUUUGUAUGCUUCCGCUGUUGGAAUUGGUUCUGCGGAGAAAAGUUCAAGCCCCAAUUCUCCGCUUAGGACAUAUCUUGUCAACAGAAGAAAUGAAUUACUGGGAUCACGAGGGGAGAAUAACUUGAAUUUGCUUAGAUUGGCAGCAACAUUAGGCAAUAUAGAUAUGACGAGCGAGCUCCUCACCAGGGGCGCAAACAUUGCUCUUAUUCGCAGUAGGAAAUGGAUAGACUCUCUUUCAGAAGAAGAAAAGAAAAAUGUUGAAUAUGUUCUCAUGCAAAUUGACAAUAUUGUUGAACAAGGAACUGAUAAACCGGCUCUGUCGGAUAAUCUUGGUCGAGGUGCUUUCGCCAAUGGCCUGGCCGCAUUAUUUUUGAAUCCUUUUGUAAAAUCUCCCAUUACCGUCGGAAUCUCGGGAGAAUGGGAAAUGGGAAAGUCCAGUCUCAUGGUUCAGACAGAAUCCAUUCUUAUAAAGACAGCGGCUCAGUCAGCAUUUUCAUAUUCAUUUCACAAGGAAGAUUUUCCUGGAGCAAGAGAGUCCAAAUUAUCCGCAAUUGGGGAAACCAGGUGUAAGAAAAUAGCGGAUGCGUUAGAGAGUUUACAGACAAAGAAAAGUAUAGAGAGAGAAUCUAAACCAGUAUGGAAAUGGUUAGAGGCGAAAUGGAGAGAUGGGCUUGCAAUUAUUCAGAAGAUUGGAAUGUCUAUGAAAACGGGUAACGGAAAUUCCACAGCAAAGGAUCUUCCCAAACAUGGUGAUGAAAUUAAUGGCACUAUGGAUUUCAAGGAGCCACACAUCAAGGAUAAACAAGAGGGGACAGAUCCUCUAUAUGACUUUUUAGGAAAUUAUCAACCCAGAUAUCAUGACAUUUUUAAGUCCCUGGCCGUUAUGGACAGGCGCGAUAUGUUUGAAGCAGAGGAAGAAAGUGGAUCUAGAAAUCAAAGAACAGGUGUAGUGCCAUGGGAGGAUGACUCGAUGCAGGGGAUUACAUCUUCCAUUUUGACUGUACAUUAUAAUGCCUGGCAAUACAGGAAUGAAUCCGAGGCAUGGGCGGGUCUAGCAGUAGAAGUCACUAAAGAAUUGGAAGCAACAAUGACGGUGGCGCAGAAGCUGAGGACUAGUUGGAGAUAUAAUUGGACAACCCGCAGAAACAGUAUCUGCUUCGGAUUGAUUCUCCCCUGCUUUCUUGCAGCAUUUCUGGUCAUCUGGUUGACUACAAUUGUAUGGUUGCUACUUGACAGAGCCCAAAAUAAAGAUAUACAAAAGUUUAAAUACGGAAGCCUACCUGCAUUUGUGAUUGUACUUGUUUGGGCUGUGGUGAAGUCAGUGGUGUCUGCUCUGAAGCCAAUCAGUGCCCAAAUCGUGGAUUAUAUAUGUCUCCCAGACCAUAGACAGCAACUUGGCUAUCAUCAGAAGGUUAUUUUUGAUAUCAAUUUUUUGAAAGAUGAACUCAGUUCUAGACCGUCCUGGUUGUGGAAGGUGUUUGCAUUUAUAUGGUGCUGCAUUACAUUUACUCGGGAUGGGAAUUAUGUUGCAAAAACACUGAUUCCUAAGAUGCCCCCUGCAUUCAAGGAUAAUCUCAGGAUAGUAGUCUUCGUCGACGCUCUCGAUCGUUGCCAAGAAAAUGUGAUUCUGCAGAUAUUAUCGGCAGUGAAUAUGGUUUUAGCAGCUUGCGAGAUCGAUGUUAUUUUGGGCAUGGAUAAAAGCAUGAUCGAAAAAGCUAUAAUAAGAAAGUUUGGGGACAAGAAUAGCAAACCUAAUGAGUCCAGUCAGGACUUAGCAGACAAAUAUUUAAGGAAGAUAAUUCAGCUGCCAUUAGACCUACCCGACCCUAGUAACUCAGAGUCCCAGCAUUUUUUACAGGGCCAGCUAGGUAUGUCAGAUACCAGAAAAGGGACUACAGAUUCAGAAGCACAAAAUGAAAGACCCAAUACAUAUGGGCAUAGAAAACUGAAUCCAAAAUUUACAAUGGGAACUUCAAUUCCAACGAAAACUAAAUUAGCUGAGGAGAAAACAAGAAAUUUUCAGGCGGAAACUGGAAUUAAACAAGAAAUAACACACGACAUUAAAGAUACAACCCAAAAAGGAUUUCAACAUAUGGAACAGGAAGAAACAAUUGGGAAACCAGUUGAAGGAACAAAGACUGAUAAUGGCCUACGGUGGAAUGACAUACUGAAUAUUGUAUCUGCAAUCGGAAAAUUUUUGAAUCCUAGACGGCGCAACCAGAGGAAACUCUCAACGAGUGAGAAAGCCGAGGGAAACGACAUUGAACAAGCUGCAGGUGAGAAUGAUCAGAACGCAGGUGUUCGUGAGAUUGAUCGGAAUGCGAGUGUUCAGAAACAGCAAGAAGAGACUGAGAGUGAGAGAAGGCUUAUGGAUCUCUCCCCAAUAACGACUGAAAUGCUCAUCCCUAAGUAUACCGAAGGAGAAAAGAAUGCGUUUUGUUUUCUUCAUGCUCGAUCCACACGCAGUAGAAAACUUCCUCGAAAGUGGAAAUGGUUGUUGACGUACCAUCGGCUAGCAUGGAAUAUUUUGUCUAAAAGCCCAGAAGUGAUCCCACUGGAAGGGUGGCAGGUUCAACUGAUUGCAUGGGUCUUCGUCUGCUGGCAAUGGAAGCACCUCAUAACAACUCUUGUACAAAAUUGGCACGACCUUGGGGUUCUAAGAAAGUCGGUUACAGUAAAUGAUAUUCAGAAGGGGGAAGUUGCAGAGGAGAAUAGUGGGCCUUCGCUGAGAGAGAUCGUUGAACAUUAUAUUGAUGAGAGGUGGCCAGCUGACAAGAAUAGUGACAGUUUUCAGGGAGAUAUCGCCACAAAAAAGAAGGAAGAUACCAUUAUUAGCGAAGUGGACAAGAAAAGUGGCAGCCUGCCCACGAGAUCAACUCCAAAGGAUGAGGAUUCAAGGAGAGAGGAUUAUCUCAAGGAUAUGAUAAGAAAGGUUUUAAAAGAAGAAAGGGAGAAGAAACGAGGAUACUCCCUAAAAAUAAAGGGGCUUCAGAGCUCCAAGAAAGGAAAGGAAAAGCAUAAGGAACGGGAAGAUUGCUUGAAGUUGGCGAUAAAAAAGGUUUUACAAGAGGAGAAGGAUGUGGAGGAUAUGUUGAAAGUGAUCAUCAAGAAAGUUUUUAAAGAGGAGGAGCGAGAAAAGCAGCUGAGAGACUCCUCAAUUUCAUGUGAAGAAGAAAACAAAGGAGAAAGUUCUUUACAACAGGGCACAACGGUUAAGGAGAAUCAGAAAGCUAGAAAAAGCCGCAAAAGCAAGGCGAAGGAUGAAGAGGAAGAGCGAGAAGAAUGGAGGAAGCUGAGAGAAACACUGAGCCGCUACAAUGUUUCAAUGGAUGGCAUUCAAGCCUUCCAGAACUUUAGGUUCUACUGCGAGCCUGGACAUCUCCCAUGGCCAUUGCCCAAACAUGCUUAAGACCUCACCUAACCCCAUGUUUCCAUGAAACUGUUUAUGAGCAUUUUCUACUUAAAUUUAAGCAGCUGGAGUGUUCCCAUGUAUAAUUCUAAUUAAAGGAAAAGGAUAAAUUGGAAUCUUUCCCUAUUUUAAAAAUUGAAAAUAAGCUUUGGAAAAAAGGGGGACUAGAAAUAAGCAGUGGCUGCUUAUUGAAAAAAAAGACACAUGGCUUCACCAUA